CGGUUGAAGAUUGUAAGUGGAUUGCUCAAGAUGACAAAGUGAAGGGUGUUGCCAACUCUUGAUCUUGUCUGGUCGUAUCAUAUCCAGUAAACAAAGCAUAUUGCAAAGAUUCGAGAAACAUUAGACACAGUGCAAGCUGCUUUCAUCUCCAGUUCCCUAACUCUAAAGAUCAAGACUCUGUCUUCUCUUCAGACUUCAAAGUUGAAGAGAUUUUAUCAAGUCUUGAGUAUCUCCUAUAAACGGAGCAAAUGGCGACAAAUAGCUUCACAGGAGUAGCCAGCAUUCACAUCAUUGAGGCUACAGGACUGAGGCCUGUGGCACUGCCUGGGGGAAAGACACUCAGCAUUAUGGACCCCUAUGUAGUUGUGGACUUUAACAACAUAUUCUUUGGUAGAACUGUAGCCAGGAAGCAAACUGUGAAUCCAAUAUGGGGUGAAACUCUGACAGAAAGUGUUACGGAUGCUCAGAUGAUGCAGUUCACACUCUUCCACAAUUCACUCAUCCCACCCGAUAGAUUCCUGGCACAUGCUCAGAUCUACGUAUCAGAAAUGAUGCAGCUCAAUCAGCAAGGCCAUGAAGAGCACGAGUACGGUCUGGAGCCAGCUGGGAGCAUUCGGUUUCGCAUUGAUUUCAAAGAGCCCUGGGGAGGAACAAGAAGGCAGUUUGUUGCCAGGAGUCAGGUAAGGAGGGGCCACAGAGGGGCUGUGAGGAGAAAGAUACACAUUGUCAAUGGCCACAAGUUCAUGGCAACUUUUCUCAGACAGUUCACCUUCUGUUCUCACUGCAAUGAGUUUAUCUGGGGUAUUGUGAACAAGCAAGGAUAUCAAUGUGUAGUGUGCUCGCAGGUGGUUCACAAACGCUGUCACACAUCAGUGCUCACAGAAUGUCCAGGUAGCAAAGCAGAGGGAUCAGUAGUUCGCAGGAAGGAGUUGGAUGAGAAUGCUACUGGUCGAUUUAGCAUCAACGUCCCUCACCGCUUCAAAGAGCACAACUACAAGAGGCCGACCUUCUGUAGUCUGUGUGGUUCUCUUCUCUGGGGAAUUGUACGGCAAGGACUCAAAUGUGACAUCUGUGGCCUCAAUGUUCACAAGCGGUGUCAGCAGUCUGUUCCAUGUAACUGUGGCAUCAACUCCAAGGAUCUGGCUGACGUGCUCAAGGAGAUGAGAAUCACACCAGAGCAACUCAGAGCAAAACCCUCUAUUAGUCGUCGGUCGCAGGGCCCUCCUGCUGAGAAUGGUCUCCCCCCCGACAGUUCCUCUCCAUCUAUUCCCGCUCCAAUACGAGCCAGCAACAUACCCAUAGAGCUGCCCAAGAGCCUUGACAGGAAAAUGACUUUAGACGAUUUCAGUUUCCUUAAGGUACUUGGCAAGGGCAGCUUCGGCAAGGUGAUGCUAGCAGAGAUGAAAGGCUCGGACCAAGUCUUUGCCAUCAAAGUCCUUCGGAAAGACGUCAUUGUUCAAGAUGACGAUAUAGAGUGUACGCUGACAGAGAAGAGAGUUUUGGCCAUGGCGGGUCAGCAUCCUUACCUAACCUCUAUGCACUCUUGCUUUCAGACUGAUAACCGCCUAUUCUUCGUGAUGGAGUACGUCAAUGGAGGUGACCUAAUGUUCCAAAUUCAGAGGGCACGGAAGUUUGACGAGGACAGAGCUCGGUUCUACUCAGCAGAAAUCAUCCUGGCUCUCCUCUUCUUGCACAACAGAGGAAUCAUUUACAGAGAUCUAAAGCUGGAUAACAUCUUAUUGGAUGCUGAUGGUCAUGUGAAGGUAGCAGACUUUGGGAUGUGCAAGGAGAACAUACGGGACGGCAAACUGACCUCAACCUUCUGUGGUACCCCAGACUAUAUUGCACCUGAAAUCCUCGAGGAGAAGGACUACGGCCCGUCUGUAGACUGGUGGGCCCUGGGGGUGCUUAUGUACGAGAUGAUGGCCGGGCAGCCACCCUUCGAGGCAGACAACGAAGACGAGCUGUUUGAGGCCAUCUUGAAUGACGAGGUUCUCUACCCCGUCUGGCUGAGCAGAGAGGCCAACUCCAUACUCAGAGGGUUUCUGACCAAGAACCCAACACGGCGCCUGGGUUGUCAGCCCGGCAUUGGAGAGCGGCAGAUCAAAGGUCACCCCUUCUUCAGAACAAUUGACUGGGAGGGGUUAGAGAAUAGGGAAAUACAGGCACCAUUCAGACCCCAAGUUAGAUCAAAACGGGACUUCAGUAACUUUGAUGUUGACUUUAUAUCAGAGCGAGCAAAUCUCACACCUGUUGACAAAGAUCUCGUCAAAAGUGUUGUCAAUCAAGGCGAUUUUGUAGGAUUCACGUACACUAAUUCUGAGUUCCACGAUUAAAACUAUAUAUAGCCAAUUUCUUUUUGCGUUCAUGUGCACACAUCUGCUAGAUAGUUUCCAAAAGCAUAUCCUUGUAAGUCACUGUUUAUUUUAUUGCCUUUUGCAUUCUCUAAAUGUAGUUUUUGAGUAUAAUUAUUAUUAUAAUGUACAGCUGAGAUUUGAAAUUUGUGUUUGUUUGUGUAUAACUAUAGAGUUUGGUUUUUCAGGUGCUAUAAACUUUCUUCUCUUUG